AUGAAAUGGUUAAUUUGUACCUUUCAGAUCAACUGGCACUGUAUAUUCUGGUGUCUUUCAACUCAGUUUAUUCUGGCUAUAACUCUACUACGGACGGAAUGGGGAGUGUACAUCAUGGAUUGGAUUGCUGGCUGUGUCAAGGCUUUUAUGGAAAAUGGUUAUAAAUCGUCAGAAUUUCUGUUUGGAAAGAGUUCCGAUCAUAGAAUAGUUAUGAAGUCUCUUCCUUUGCUAUUUUUAGUCAAUUCAUUUCUGGCCAUUUUAUACCAUUUCGGACUGAUGCAGAUAGUAUUAAAAUGUAUUGGUAAAGCUUUGAGCUCUACUUUAGAAACAACACCACCAGAAUCUCUCAGUGUAGCGGCUAAUUUAUUUCUGGGAGGGACUCAGGCGACCCUAGUUAUCAAACCAUAUCUAAAUACCAUGUCGAUAUCAGAACUGUUUGCUCUGGUAGUUGGAUGUUUCUCGUCUGUAAGUGGUGUUGUUUUCGGUAUCUAUAUCAAUUUUGGGGCACCUGCCAAGCACCUGCUCACAGCUAGCAUCAUGUCUGCACCUGCUUCGUUUGCUAUAGCCAAGCUUUUAGUUCCUGAAACUAAACCCAAUAGAGACAGUGACUGGGAGAACACCAAAUUGGAUAUAACAAAGUAUAAAAAUAUUCUCGACGCCACUGGCCGAGGAGCUUUAGAAGUUAUGGGUGUAUUUACAAGUAUUGUGGUGAAUCUGUAUGUAUUCUAUGCAUUGUUGCAAUUUCUGAACAGCGUCUUGAUCUGGAGUGGCGAAAGAAUUGGAAUAGAAAAUCUCAGUUUUCAGUUAGUCGUAUCCUACUUAUUAAUGCCUCUGCCUGUGUUUAUGGGAGUAGAUAUACAAGAUUGUAGAUCAAUAGCCAAAUUGAUCGGAUACAAGCUAGUCGGCAGCAAUUCCUUAUCCUUCAUCAAGCUGGGAAAACUCAGAGAGAACAAGGAACUCUCCUUUAAUUUUUCCCCUUCUUUCCAGGAGAGAUCGACAGCGAUAGCAACUUAUGCUAUGUGUGGCUUCUCCAAUUUCUCGAGUAUUGGAAUCAUGUUGGGGACUUUGUAUGUUUUGAUUCCCAAAAGAAACGGAAUUUUAGUAAAAAUUAUAUGUAAAGCUAUGAUAGCAGGGAAUAUAGCAUGUUACCUCACAGCCUGUAUAGCAGGUAAGGCCAUUGUUUGUAGGUGA